UUGAUAGUGAAGGCACGACUUCGUAAAUGCGUGGCGCGCCACCAGACAGCGCUGCACGCGGCGGGUCAGUUGCAAGAGUGUUUCUCGGAGCCAACCUUCGCGCAGUUUACGGUGUCACUGGUCAUCAUAUGCGUAACUGCAUUUCAGCUUGUUUCACAAACUGGCAACCUGGUCCGUUUAUUAUCAAUGGGCACCUAUCUGCUGAACAUGACCUUUCAAGUAUUUCUAUAUUGCUACCAAGGGAAUCAACUGUCCGAAGAGAGUUCUGCGGCAGCUGCAGCGGCGUACGAAUGUCCAUGGUAUAUGUAUGGAGUGGAGUGCCGCUGCGGCGAUCUUUCUUGGUGCUGA